AUGGCAGUGAACGUUUAUUCCACUAGUGUCACAUCUGAAAAUUUGAGUCGGCAUGACAUGUUAUCAUGGGUUAACGAUUGUUUGGCGUCCAGUUUUAGUAAAAUUGAAGAACUUUGCACGGGUGCUGCCUACUGUCAAUUUAUGGAUAUGCUUUUUCCCGGGUCCAUUAUGUUAAAGAAAGUUAAAUUUAAAACAAAUCUUGAACAUGAAUAUAUUCAAAAUUUUAAACUGUUACAAGGUGCUUUUAAAAAAAUGAACGUAGAAAAGUUAAUCCCUGUAGAUAAAUUGAUCAGAGGAAGAUUUCAAGAUAAUUUUGAAUUUCUUCAAUGGUUUAAAAAAUUUUUUGAUGCAAAUUAUGAUGGCAGAGAUUAUGAUGCAUAUGAAGCACGAGGGGAAAUAGCGCUGGGUGGUGUUGAUAAUAAAAAUACAGGAAAUGUGGGGUCUCGUAAGGCUUCCCAAGGCCGGCCUUCCCAGCAAAUGCGGCAACCCGUCGGUUAUCACAAAUUUAAUCGUAGAUCAGAGAAAGCUGUUCUUUUUAGUGUUUUAUUAAUCGUUCCCAUAGAUAAACUUGUUAAAGGAAAAUUUCAAGAUAACUUUGAAUUUCUUCAAUGGUUCAAAAAAUUUUUCGAUGCCAAUUAUAUAGGUACCGCAUAUGAUGCUUUGGCAAUGAGAAAUGGGGAGCCGAUCGGUUGCGGAGGGACCGCAACCAAAACAACCGUCACCAAAACAAUUAAACAAUAUAAUACUCAGACUAAGCCGGUUGGAAAACCUAUAAUAAUAAUAAUGAUUAUUGUAUUUUUAGCAUCUGCCGUCAAACCACAGGCAAACAACCGGUCCAUUUUUCCAAAAUCCCAGCUUCCCACUCAAAGAGGUGAUACAGGUCGUAUAGAUGAACUCAAUGCUCAGGUGGCAGAAUUGAGAAUUGCCGUAGAGGGAUUGGAAAAAGAAAGAGACUUUUACUUUAACAAAUUACGUGAUAUCGAAGUUAUGUGUCAGGACGAAGAUGAUGUUGAUUCGAAAACUCCGAUAAUAAAUAAAAUAUUAGAAGUACUUUAUGCGACUGAGGAAGGAUUUGCACCGCCGGAUGAAAUAGAAGAAGAUCAAUUAUCUGCCGGAGACGAUAAGGAAUAUUGA